AUGAGCCAAAUGUGGCAGGAUGUUGUGGGGCGUGCGUUGCUUCGUCAGGGGGGGUCAGAUCCCAUGCAGGUGGAUGAUGGAGCAGUGGAUGAAGCUGAAGAAAAGCUUAGCCAGGCAAAGUAUGCUGUGGAUUGUGCGAACUUGAGUGCUGAUUACAGAGCAGCGGUUGGCUACAAUUUGAGGAAGAACAAGCUGGAAUCAAAUCAGCACGUUCUGCACAUGAAGAAUCAGAUUGAUGUGGGCUUGGGAGUGUGCGAGCGCCUGAUGGAGCGACGACUCUUUGUUGUGUGCGGACCCCAAGGCCAGAAUGUUGCACAACUACAGCGGAAAGUGUUACAGGAUUCUUCCCAGAAGGGCUUUGACAGCACGACUCUCGAGAAGAUGCACCAUCUGGGCAUCAUCGACAUCCCCAAGAUGGGCCGUUUGACAGCGCCUGAUGUGCAAGAUAUUUCCGAUUGGACCUACAAAGUCUUGGCGCUCAACCCCAACUACAAUAGCACCCAAGCACCGAGACCUAGCCCAGCACCGAACGCAGAGGAUGUAGACCUUGGGUCUGUGCAGCCAAAGGUUGAAGAGGUGGUUGAGCCCAAGGAAACGCCCCCUUCCAUGAGCUUGGAGGAAUUCAAGAAGAAACAUCCUACAGUUGUCUUUGAAGAGCAGUCUGCUGAGAAAGGAGUUCCCUCAGACUCAGCGCCUAUGCCCAUCAAGAAUUUGUUGAUCCAAAUGGAGAAGCGAGGCUUCAUGGACACAGUCGUGACGGCGCAUAAGGUCGAGCGUCCAGCAGCAGUCAUGCGAGGCGAAGAAUCUGACAGGUCGGGUUGA